AUGCCCGUUGCGAAUGGCUUCCAACAGGGUCACCCUGGCACCGAAUCUGAGAAUGUGCCAUCAAACAAUCCACUGCGAAACAGCGUGUCGAGGGAUCUGGCCGAUGUGAGACAGUUGUAUCGAUCGAUAUCGGGAGAGGGAUCACAUAAUGCAGCUGACGUGAAACGAUCAAAUAUCAAAAGGCCGUUGCACUCGCGUCAUGGUUCUUCUCACAUCAUAUCGAAUCCAAUGAGCUUUUUCAACUGGCGGGGCGAGGAUCCGCAGGAGUCGAGAUACAGUUCAGACGAAGAAGAACAACAAGAACAACAACAAGAACAACAACAGGAACUGGAAAAUGUUGCCCAAAGUUCACAAAGUCAGCAGGAUCAUCGACCAGGGAACCAGGUUGCACCUACAUCGCCUCAAUCACGGCGCUCCUCCACUAUGCAAAACUUUUCCAAAUUCGUUGCUAGAUCGAAUCAGCUGGAAUCGAAAAAGAAGAGAAAAGAUAAACUUGCUAGACCUCAAAUAAGGGAUUCGAACUAUACCUUCACAAACACCGACAUAAGAGCACAAAACCUAGUAAAUUCAUUUAUCAUCAAUGGUCCAUCCUUGGGAAUCAUGGCGUCGUGCUUGUUUGUGGAUGAUGGUGGUAUAGCCAGAGUGCCGUUGUUAUUUUCGCUCUUGGGGUUUACCCUUACUGACAUUUCUUCAAAUGAAUUCAGAAGGAAUAGGAAUUUUCGUAUCGAUUUGGAGUAUGGUGUUGGCGAUAAAAGUAUGAAAUGGAGUAUUGAAAGAACCGUGGCUGAUUUGGGUAUUUUACAUUCUCGUUGCAAACUUGACAACUGGAAAACUGUUUUUGGCACUAGAACAAAAUUGCCAAAGUUUCCCUUCCCGUCCUUUAAAGAUAGGAGAAGAAGAGCAAAAGCGUUGGACACGCAGAUGAACGGCGCCGCUCAUGGAGAUACAGAAUCAAUAGUGACGGCGCAAACCGGUGUUUCUAGAGUUAGACUGCGAUUGGAGAGUUUGACAUCAAUGGUUUCGCAUGGGCAGACAGACCCCGAGCAUCUUUCAGCUCAACGCGCAAAAAAUGCUGCAUAUAUGAAAGAAGUGGAAAACUACUUGAACGAGCUUAUUGAGUACGUUGCAUUAACGCCUUUGUCCAAUUUUGUUUUUAUGUUUUUCGAGAUCUCGCCUAUCUCAUCACUAUUGAAUUACGAGGGAUCAUUCCAAGGAAAGCAAGGUUCGAUUCACAUUGGCUCUUCAGCGAAAUCACAAGGAUGGAGAGUGGGUCAUUUCAAAGCUAAUGACUUGAAGGGUAUGUACGAUAGAAGGACAGAAAAAUGGAUGUUGGUUAGAAACAGCUAUGUCUUGUACGUCUCAGACAUAAACUCGACAACCCCGUUGGACGUCUUUUUGGUUGACUCGAAUUUCAAAAUUCAAACAAAGAGCAACGUGGUAAAGGAUGAUGACGAAGAUAUUGACGAAACAAUGGUUGACAACAAGUCUCAUCACACCAAAAUUUUCCCUCACUUGAAAAUUGUUUUGGAAAAUAGGGAAAGGAAAUUGGUGUUGAAUCCCAAAUCCUCGAGGGACCACAAGGCGUGGUUGGAAUCUUUCCGUAAAAUGCAGCACCAUACAGAAUGGGGCAAAAAACACCGUUUUGAUUCAUUUGCCCCAAUUAGACAAAAUUGCUUUGCACAAUGGUUUGUCGAUGGUAGAGACUACUUUUGGGCAGUUUCUGCUGCUAUUGAAAUGGCAAAAGAAACUGUCUACAUUCAUGAUUGGUGGUUGUCUCCAGAAUUGUAUUUGAGGAGACCUGCAUUAGGAAACCAGCAAUAUAGAAUUGAUAGGUUGUUGCAACGAAAGGCAAGAGAAGGAGUGAAAAUUUUUGUUAUUGUUUAUCGAAAUGUUGGUACGACUGUUGCCACAGACUCCUUAUACACUAAACAUUCCUUGUUGUGGCUCAAUGAGGAGAACAUUCACGUAAUUAGAUCACCUAAUCAGUUACUACAAAAUACUUUUUUCUGGGCUCAUCACGAAAAGUUGUGCAUUGUGGAUCUGACUUACGCAUUUUUGGGUGGUAUUGAUUUAUGCUAUGGUAGGUAUGACACAGCUGAUCAUGCUUUAACCGAUGAUUCUCCAGAAACAUUCGAGCAGUUUCAAGCGGACGACAAUGCUACUGUGGCUGAUCUAGAAAAUUUUCAAAUAUUUGUGGGUAAGGAUUACUCGAAUCCUAGGAUCAAAGAUUUUUUUGAAUUGGACAAGCCAUAUAAUUCAAUGUACAAUAGACAAACGACGCCGAGAAUGCCAUGGCAUGACAUCCACAUGAUGACGUACGGAAAAAUUGCUAGAGACUUGUCGCGUCAUUUUGUUCAAAGAUGGAAUUACCUAAUCAGGCAAAAGCGGCCAAGUCGAUUGACACCUUUGCUUGUGCCGCCGCCAGACUUCACUGAUGAGGAAGCCAUUAAUGCAGGGUAUAGUGGUACAUGUGAAGUACAAUUAUUGAGAUCUUCGGGGAAAUGGUCAUUGGGACUCGAAGAACAUGAGCAGAGCAUCCAAAAUGCUUAUUUAAAGUUGAUAGAAACCUCCGAACAUUUUGUUUACAUUGAAAAUCAAUUUUUUGUUACAUCGUGCUUCAUCGACGGUGUCGAAAUAAAGAAUAGAAUCGGUGAUGCUUUGGUUGAAAGGAUAAUUCGUGCACACCAGGAAGGUACCACUUGGAAGGCGAUGAUUGUCAUUCCUUUGAUGCCAGGCUUUGAAGCUCAAGUUGAUGAAGCAGAGGGGUCUUCGGUUCGUGUUAUUAUGCAAUGCCAAUUUAUGUCGAUUUCUAGAGGUGAAACCUCCAUCUUUGCCAAAUUGAGGAAAAAGGGUAUCAAUCCCGAAGAUUACAUUCAAUUCUUUUCGUUGAGAAAAUGGGGCAGAAUUGGUCCGCAACGAACUUUGAUUACUGAGCAGCUAUACAUACAUGCAAAGUGUAUGAUUGUUGAUGAUCGGUCCGUCAUUAUUGGAAGUGCCAACAUCAAUGAAAGGUCGAUGCGAGGAGUGAGAGAUUCUGAAGUUGCAGCUGUUGUCAGGGAUACUGAAAUGGUUUCAACUCGUAUGAAUGGUGAGCCGUAUAAGGCUGCUAGGUUUGCACACACUCUUCGAAUGAGAUUGAUGAGAGAGCACCUUGGUGUUAGUAUUGAUAUCCUAGAUACAGUUGAGCGUCGCUUCAAGAGGUUUGAAAAAUUUGCAAAAACUAAAGAGGGGUUAAAGUUUGCUACCAACAAGUUCAGCGAGAAAAGCUAUUGUGUUAAUUCAGCAAUGGUAGAGAUAGCUUCCAGAGAUGUGUUGAAUGAAAGGGAGGGAACAAGAAGGUGGAAGGAUUCCAUCAACAUUUCAGAAUUGGAUGAAACAGUAGCCAAAGUGGAUUACGAGGAAGAAAUCGAUGACGCGCCAAAGCCGCUUGAUCUACCAACGAUGUUCAAUUACAGAACUGGCCCCAAAGAGGCUAAUGUUGGUGUGCGUGAUAAGAAAAAGAAGUCUUAUGACAACCGCGUGCAGCACAAUGAACAACACAAAGAGGACGUACGUGGUUAUGGUUUCGACAAAUACCAGUCAGAGUUCUCAAAGAGAGCUCGUUUGUCAAGCAGCAAGUUUUUACAAGAGAAAGCACUUCAAGUAAUGGAAUCGGCCACGCCAAAAACCAGUUUUGUACCUCUGUAUGAAGAUGUGCUUGACUUUUUGAAUUGCGAUGAUGCACAGGUUGCCGCAAACAACGACAAAGAAUCGGAGAAACUCAUCAACGAACGCAAUCGAGAACGUUGGCUUUUGUUGAAAAAAGUAUCGUACUUGCAAAGGGUGGCGGCGAGUGAGAUGCAAUAUGUUGCUGCAGAGAACAAGAAGCGUGCCAACGCCGGGUUGUCACCAUUGAAAGUGUCUACAGAAAUGAACGGAACUUUAACAGAAGCUGACGAAACGUCGGUGGACGACAAGCCGAGCCCUGAAGAGGCAGUGAGAAGUGGCUUAGAAGCUGGAACUCCAGUUUCCUGUAGUGACAAAGAAAUCACUGACAUUAUUGAAACCAUUUCCUCUCCAGAUGCUGAUAGUGCCAAUUCAUUUAUUGACCCUUACGAGUUUGAAGAUCCGUUGAACCCUGAGUUUUAUGAACUUCUAUGGUUUGAAAUUGCAAGGAAAAAUACGGACAUAUUUCGAAUGGUUUUCCAUUGUCAACCAGACGAUGCUGUGGCGCGGUGGUCCGACUACACAAACUUUGCCAAAUUACAAAGCAAGUUCAUGAAAGGACAAGUAGCAACUGGAGAAUCGACUUCUGGCUCCAAAUCUGAAUCAAGCGAACUAAAGGACGACAUUCUCCAUCUUGGAAACAAUGUAGAACGCUCCAUUGACGAAUUGGAAGAGGAUUUGGGGGUUUUGGGAAGAGUUCCUCCAGAGAAGAAAGAGCUGGAUGAAACAGCGACAAAUGAAAAUAAGAUGCGCCACAAGUUGACCAGAAAGUUCAGCUCGGUUCCCAGCAAACCGGUGAAAAAUGGAUCUAAAAAGGGUGAAGACGAAGGAGGAGGAGGAGGAGGAGAAGGAGGAGGAGAAGGAGGAGGAGAAGGAGGAGGAGAAGGAGGAGGAGAAGAAGAAGAUGAUCUUGAUCAUGAUCAUGGUCAUCAUGGUGAUGGUGAUGGUGAUGGUAUUGGUAAAAAGAGUUCCGAAGCUAAUGGAGAUCUCCUCCAUGACGAUACCGAGCCGGAUUCAGUUGGCGAGUCACCAACCCAACCUUCAAGAAAAGAUAGCGGAGCUGCUAGAGCCCAUGAAAAGUACCGCAAGAAUAGAGCUACGAACUUUGCUACCCGCAGAAGAAUGAUGUCCGGAGAGUUGGUUUAUGACAAGGAAACAGCAGAGAAGUUGUUGAGUAACGUGAAAGGUCACUUGGUACUAUUCCCAGCGCAAUGGCUUGAUGUCGAGUUAGAAAAUGACAACUGGUUUUACAAUACCGAUAGAAUUCCACCAAUGGAAAUUUACGAUUAG